AUGAAUUCAAAUAUUCUGGAUAAAAAGUACAAAGAAGAUAAUAAUUAUAGGGAUAACGAUAAGGGCGAAGUUGAGAUGGCUAAAAGAGGAAGAUCUCGAAGUCCUCGCAAUAAGGACGACCGCAACCAUCACUCACCAGACAGGGACAGAGUUCAUAAGAGAUCGUCUAAUGGAGAAGAUCGCCAUAUAAGAGAUAAGGAAAGAGAUAGAAGAAGAAAUCACAGCAGAGAUAGAAGACCCAGUAGAAGCAGUAAAAGGUCUAAAAGAAGCAGAAGUAAGGAUAGAAAAAAACAUCAUUCAUCUAGGAGACAUAGGUCCCAACAUAAAAAGCAUAGAAGCCAAAGAGAUAGAAGAAGAAGUAGCUCAUCUUCAUCUAGCUCGUCAUCAUCUUCAAGCAGUUCUUCAUCCUCAGAUGACUCUAGCAAAAAGCGUCUUAAGAAUAAGAAAUCUAAUGUUUCAUAGAGAAAAGGACAAGAGCCUGAGGAAUCAAAUCCAAAAUUAUUUUGGGAUGGUUUCCAAUGGGUGACUAGAGCUCAACCAGUAUUUGACGUGGCUUAAAACGCUGUAGAUAAAGCCACCAAAGCUGUGACUGGUGAGGACAAGCAGCAAAAUGAAGAAAGAGUCGCUGCUUCAAGAACUGUGAUUGUUGAAAACAUUGCCCUUGACUUGGGUCUUACUGCUAGAGACAUUUAAAAGUUUCUUCUAGACCACUUAAACUAAAUAUAGGAAACAGAUAUAGAGAUAAUAGAUAUUGAUAUGGAAUAUGGUCCUACUUCGAUAGCUGUAGAGCUUAAAGAAAAAUGGAUGGUUGAUAAUUUCAAAAAACUUGAUGGUAUUGAUUGUUUAGGUGAGAAAUUAAAAGUCCGACGAGUUAACGAAGAAACUGCUUAAACUAGUGCAAUUGCCGCUGCAAUUACAGUAGCUGCAUUGAGAUCACUGACACAUACUGGUAGCGGUGUCGACGGUGAAGCUGAGUUGAAUCUAAGAGCAAGCUCACUAAAAACAGUGAACCCUUCUUCUGUAAUCAAAAUUUCAAACAUCUUUAACAGAGAUGAAGAACUUACUCCUGAAAUUUAUGAGGAACUAUAUGAGGACAUGGAGGAAGAAUUCAGAAAAGUGCCUCAUCUUAAGAGAAUUAAGAUAGUCAGGAAUUCUGAGGAAAAGCUAGGUGCUGAAGUUGGCUCAAUUUUCGUUGAGUUUAUGGAUCGAUAGAGUUCAACUCACGCGAUUAAGAAGAUUAAGGGUAGAAUCUACGAUGGUAGGGAAAUAAAAGCUACCUAUGUAGAUGAGAAACUAUAUUAUAAGGAUCUUAUAAUUGAAUGA